CCAACCUAGCUUGUGUGUCCAACUGACAACGACGGAUUCAGGUCACAGCAGAACACUGGACAACAUUUCACUAAAAAAUUAGAUACGGUAAAAAAAUCAAAUUUUUUUUUAUAAUAUCAAUUGUACAUGUCGAUCUUUUAAAUAUUAAUAUAGUGAAUUCAUCAAUAAUGGAGUUUACAUCCAUACCAAUAGCAUACUCUCUUUAAGAUAAAAUAGUUAACCAAUUGGCGAGAAAUUCAUCGGUCAUUUUGUUGUGCAAAUAAUUUUCCACCUAUUUCAUUGUCGAAAAGGUUCUCUCCAUAGUAGUUGUUGAAACGAGCAAUGUCAACACUGGACAAAUCAAUCGACUAAUCAAUAUAUAUUGUGUAUCAAUUACUAUUUUCACCAGCUGCUCUAGUAAUUUCUUAAGGGAAUAAACCUCAUAUUUCUUUUUUUUUUUUUUGAUAAUGGUGAAGAUGCAUUAUCAAGGAAAUACACCAGAGGUGUAUACAAGUUCAGGAAACAAGAUGAGAAAGGGGAGGGACACACAAAACGGAACCCAAAGAAAACAAGAACAGCGGAAAAGAAGGGAGGAGAGGAAGACCGAGAAAAAAAAAGCAAGGCUCCUGCAGGAGCAAUCAAACCAUAGACAACAUAGGAAACCCACGCAAACCUCAUAUUUCUUUUAGUCGUUUACGUUUUAGAAUUAUAGGUUUCAUUGUUUGUUUUUCUAUAGAUGGGAAUCAUUGGAGCUAGAAUUUUCAGGCUAAAUUUAGAGUUGUGAUUUGAAUAUGUUCAUCUUACCCAUUUUCCUAAUUACACACAAUCUUAUUAUAAAAUAACACUGGGCCGAAUGGCUAAACUCAUAAGGACUAUACUAGCUCCGGAUCCAGUGGAGGGUUGGGCCGUGACCCGGGGUGGCCACCCCCUGGAUUCGCUACUGCGACCUAUCACUUGAAAAAAUCACGCUCACAAGCACAAGCACAGGCUCACCCUCACCCUCACCCUCACCCAAUGCUUUCUUAUUAUCCUAACAAUUUUUCUAAAGCUGCAGGGGUUCUAGGUACUGGGCCCUCCAACCCAUAUGCUGUUUUGAGCCAUAAGUGUGAGUGCAAGGUUCAUAUUAGGCCUAAUUGUCCAAGUUCACAUUAUCAAGCCUGCAACACUUAUUUUUCUUGCCCAAGUGCUUUGUACAUCACUGAAUCAUUCCAACCUAUUCACUCUUCUCAACAAUCCAUUUUGGCGCAAAUCAUCAUCUCACCGUGGCUGGCAUCUCAAUAAGUUAGAUGCUAAUAAUGUUUUUUUGCAUGGAGAUCUUCAUGAAUAGGUGUAUAUGAAACUCCCUCCGGGCUUUGCGAAACCAAGGGAUACUCGUGUUUGUCGUCUUCACUUUCGUAAAUCUCUUUAUGGCUUGAAGCAGUCAUCUUAGAAUUAAUACAUAAAAUUCACCAAGUCUCUUGAGGGGUUCGAUUUUUAGCAGUCUAAGGCUGACCACUCUCUUUUCAUGUAUCAUUGCAAUGGAGUUUUCACCUUUGCAUUGAUCUAUGUUGAUGAUAUUAUCUUGGGAGGUGAUAAUCUUCCUACUAUACAGCGUGUCAAGGACUUCUUGCAGAAUCAAUCCAUCAUUAAGGACUUAGGAACUCUCAAAUAUUUCUUGAAUAUUGAGGUAGCUCGCUCUCGUAGUGGACUAGUGUUGUCUCAACAGAAGUAUAUGUUGGACAUUUUAAAGGAUGCGGGAGCCCUUGCUGUCAAGCCAUGUGCAUUUCUAAUUGAGCAGAAUUAGCAUCUCACUCGUAUUGAAGGACCUGGGACUAAGGAUCCUUCUAGUUUCCGGAGUCUCAUCAGGGGGCUGGAGUACUUGACGGUUACCCGCCCUGGCAUUGUCUUACUACGUGAAUGUUCUCGGUCAAGUGUACUCGUCAGUUCAUAUCUGGUUAUUUAUUCGCUUAGGGGACUGUUCGGUCUCAUGGCGCACCAAGAAAUAGUCUGUUGUCGUUCGUUCAUCGACUGAAGCAUAAUAUAGAGCCAUGGCUAGUAUGGUUAGUGAACUCAUUUGGCUUCGAUUGUUACUAGCUGAGCUGUGUGUCUCGUGUUCGUCCUCGACUCCACUACAUUGUGACAAUCAGGCGGCCUUGCAUAUAGCCGCUAAUCCAGUUUUCCAUGAAUGUACGAAUUAAGCAUGUUGAAAUGGACUAUUAAUUUGUGCGUGAGCAUGUCACUUCCGGAGAGAUCUCCCCCCACAAGAUAACUUCGCAGGAACAGGUUGCAUAUAAUUUACUAAAGGCUUGGGUGUAGAACAAUUUACUUACCUCACUUCCAAGUUUGGCAUACAUGAUAUGCACGCCUUCGCUUGAGGGGGCAUGUUACGUAUGUAGCAUUCCCCGAUUAGGUGGAACCCAUUCUCUGAUCGAGGAUCUCGCCGUGGCUUCGGGGAUUUGGAAGAGAACACCCCACGGCCGAGUAACAUGUAUUUCUCGGUCGGGGAUUAAGUGAUGUGACCAGAGACGUGGUCUGGGGACUAGUUUGGCACUUACCCUAAGUUAAGUGAUGAAAAGGGAAAUGUGCAUAUGGGUAUAUAUAUAUAUCUUUAUCUUGUGAUGCGUACAUAGGUGACGUAAGAUUGAGAAGAGAAACCCUAAUAAUAUUCUAGCCGAAGACUCCUUGAGUGAGUCUUCUGUGGAUUAAUCUCAUUCUUAUGAACGAAGAUAUCACAUAAAUCCUUAUGUCUUUGUGUUUGAUUCUUGAAAUUUAGCACACAUCAAUUGCUUCCCUUGUCGAGCGUCAUUUUAUCCAAGCGUAUGGUAUUUGAAUCCUACCUCUAGAAACUUGACAUGUCCCCUACGACUUCCAAGUGAUCCACUAGACUGAUCCCUAAUCACAUGAACCCGUAACACUACCUCUUAUAUAAUGAUCUCCCUCGCUUUUAGUUUUGCUUCUUUCUUCUUUAGUUUCGUUCACAUUUAAGACAUCAACCAUCCCGCCGUAUGACUAGAUAUAGUAGGGCAAGGUUGAGAGUAGUAGUAGACCUAGGACUGCAAAUGAGUCGAGCCGAGUCGAGUUUUACCCCAGCUUGAACUCGGCUCAUUAAUAAACGAGUCGAGUUCGAGCUCGGCUCGUUUAUUAAUGAGUCGAGUUCGAGCUCGGGUCGUUUAUUAACGAGCCGAGUCGAGUCGAGCUCGAGCUAGCAUGUUUAAUAAAAUCUCGACUUUUAUUUGGUACUUCAUUUUGUAUAUCAUGAUACAUAUGAUUUAUUUUGUUAGCUAAUCUCAUAUGAUACUUUGUUGGUAUCAUAUAUCAUUUAGUUAAUAAAUUUUUAACUACUCCAAAUCAUGGUAUUUCAUAGUAUCGAAGCAAUCUAUGAUACAUAAUUUCUUUUUAAAGUAGAAAAUAAUAUAUAUUUGUUCACAUACUCAACGUGCUAAACUUUAUAUAUGGUGAGAUAUAUAAUUUAACAACAAUUAUAAGAUAUAGAUUGAUUCGUCCAUAAGUCGGUAAUCAAGUUGGCUCUCUAGCCAUAUGUUGAGACAUAUCAUGAGCUCUAAACGAGCCAGCUCACGAGUUUAGCUCAACAAGUGACUCACUCCUACUGUCACCCUAGAAAAUGGCCAAGUGAAACCACUUCCUAAGGCGUAGUAUAGCGGGUUUGGGUUUUAAUGUCAACCCGGGUCCUAGAUUUGAUGACUACUCGGUGAAUUCUUGUUAUCUAGCAGUGAAACUUUAGUGCAGGUCCAAAUUAACAAACAAACAAAGCAAGUAAAUGGUUGUUUUCAGG